AUGAACUUUUAUAAAUUGUUUAGGGACUUUAUCGACGUUUUUCUAAAAGAAAUCAACUCUUGUGACGACCCAGAGUCCGCUUUUUUCAAAGAUGUCGGAGAACGGCAACUCGUAGCAGUUCUCAAACAUCUUUUCGAUACCGGGUCGGAAACAACUUCCACCACAUUAUCUUGGCUAUUUUUGUACAUGGCGACCUUUCCGGGAAUACAGAGAAAGUUGCAGAAGGAAAUCGACGACGUAGUCGGAACUUCGAGGUUCUGUAGUUUGUCGGAUAGAACGAGCCUACCUUACGUCGAAGCCUUCCUUGCCGAAACGCUCCGCUUCUCCAGCAUCCUUCCAGGCGGACUUGGACACCGCACCCUGUAUGACGUGGUCUACAAGGGUUACGCCUUUCCAAAAAAUACGCCAAUCAUGGCAAACGUGUACGGAAUCCAUUUCGACCCCAAGAUCUGGCGAGAUCCGGAAAACUUCCGGCCAGAACGAUUUCUAAGUUCGGACUCCAAAUCGUUUAAGAAACAUGAAGCCCUGAUCCCAUUUUGGAUCGGGAGACGUCAAUGUGUUGGGGAAACUUUGGCGCGGGAUACACUUUUUCUCUUUACGACAAAUAUGUUUCAACGAUUCCAAGUAAAGUUUGACCCGAGUGAUGCCGCUGCCAAUCCAGGACUCGCACCGAAAGCAGGCUUCCUUAUGUCAUCGCUGCCUUACAAAAUUAUCCUGACAGAUAGGUUGUCAUAA